UGGCAUUGUGCGUGCGGCUUCAGAAAUAAAAGUUAGUUAACAUUCGAUUUAGUGAGAAAUAUGGAAUCAAGGGAUUUUGUUUAAACAUUGGAUGAAAGCACACCAUUGAAUAAGAGUAAUAAGAAUUGAAAAUGGAAGUAGUUGGAUGAAAGCAAGCCAUUGAAUCAAAGUAAUUGGAAUUGAUAAUGGGAGUAGUUGGAUGAAAGCAAGCCAUUGAAUCAAAGUAAUUGGAAUUGAUAAUGGGAGUAGGUUGAUUGCAGCUCCUAGUGGCGUUUCCUGUUGAGUUCGGAUUACCAACAUUUAUUGCCGAAAUGAAAAACAAAUGUUCCCGCCUUAUUAACAUGACAUGCCGAACACUCUAAAGUCCUAUCAAUGAAAGGUUAGAUUCAACAAUAUCAUCUAUGUCUUCCGAACAGUGAGUGAUAAUGGAUGAGCUUCUAGCAUUCAACGGAAAAGCUGGGAAGCUCAAUGAAGGUGUAUUUACAAAGUUGAAAUUACUAUGCCACCAUGAGAAAGCAAAUGAAGGACACACUCAACAAGGCAAUGAAACAACGCUUGUGUCAAAAGGUGAUGUUCCUUUGUACGACACACGUCUUGUUAUACGCACGGUGGAAAAACCUUGGGCGGGUGAUCUCUCUGAGGAAGAAAUAGAGAAUAACCUGGAGCAGACAAUUCUACAUUAUGCAAUCGUUCCCCAAGUGGCCUACUACAGAAAUGAACAGACUGUAAGCUUCGUCGCACCAUUAUUCGGAGGGGGGACCUUAGAUGAAUUAAUACCGAAAGAAAGAGAUAAAACAGCAAAGAUCGAAAUGAACAGACCAUCUAAGAGAAAAGCGGAAAUAGAAGCGGAAAGACCAUCUGAGAGAAAACGGGAAAUAGCAGCGGAAAUACCAUCUGAGAUAAAACCGGAAAUAGCAACGGAAAGACCAUCUGAGAGAAAACAGGAAAUAGCAGCGGAAAGACUACAAACGUUAGAAUGGAAGGAUAAGUUACGAAUACUUUACCAAAUAUGCCGUGCCAUUGAAUAUCUUCAUCAGCCACCAAAAUGUGAAAGAAAACCUGUAUCUCACGGCAACAUUUGCAUCCAAAACGUUCUAUUGGAUAAGAAUAAGAACGCCCGAUUGUUAUUCCUUGCACCAAAAUCCGUCAAAGGAGGAGUUGGGGAGGAACAGUUUCAAGAGGACAAAAAACACGAUGUUCAAACAUUCAAAGAAAUGGCACACGACGUCCUUAUACAAAGUGGGAAGGAAGCAACACCAGAUGUUCUUGCACAUAUAAAAAGGGCUGUUACGAUGACAGAUAUAAAAACAGAAUUAGAGUCGGAUCUCAGAAGAGAGGAUAUCAAGUACUGGACUCCAUCGCAAGACGAUGGAAAAAAGAAAGACGACGAUGGAAGAAAGAAAGACGACGAUGGAAAAAAGAAAGACGCAGAUGGAAAAAAGAAAGACGCAGAUGGAAAAAAGAAAGACAAGUGUGAGAUUUGCUGCGUAAAUAAGCACGAGAAGACUUUCGUCAAACUUCAACAUGGAAUAAGUUGUCGUUCAAAAAUAAAGAUGUGCGUUGGUUGUCUGUGGAACUGGCGAUACAAUCCCGUCAAGUGCCACUCGUGUGAUCAAGAGAAAAUACAGUCCCCAGUUGGUGAUCGCUGGGGUGCCAUUCUCAUAGCGGGCACAGAUAAGAAGGAGGACAUAACAAAAAGGUUUGAAGACGAUAUAGAAAAGCUGAAAGAUAGAGUCAUUACAAAAGCAACUUUGAUGGGUGUAAGGGACAAUGUAGUCACAGUGAAGAAAUCUAAGAAAACGUACGGUGAACAAUUGAUGAAGGCAUUCAGCAAUUUUGAUACUUCAGAGAUCAACACGCUGGUAUUAGUUUAUUCAGGCCAUCAUGGGGAUGAAGGAUUUCAAUUAGACACUCAUACGCUGAAGGACAGUGAGCUUGAGAAGGAAAUCAUCUGUCUUAAACAUGUGACGAAAGUUAUUUUAUUUCUAGAUUGCUGUCACCCAAAGAAGCUUAAUCUGGGCGAAAAAGCGGUAUUACAGUUUAAUGCCGUAACAAGCCAACAAAAAGCUAUCAGUGAACCAACAGGUAGCCAGUUUGUAAAUGACAUUGUCAAGGUAUUGACAAAUCCCUGGGAAUGUAGGUGUUGCGGAAAUACACCUUUAAUAAGAGAUUAUGACAUGCACAAGUAUUUCAACAAGCACCCUUACAAUGAGUCGAAAACACCGUCACAGCAAGCAUACACAGAAGGGGACAUUGACCACAUUCUUAUGUUUAGACCAGUUGACCCUAGAUGGUUGAACAAGUUGGAAGAAUCAUUAGAAAGCAGCCCAUUGCAAAGAUUGAGAAAUAAGCUAUUUGAUCAGUACAAAGAUACAAGUAUAAUGAGUGUUCGCUUUGACAUUGAUGAUGCACUUGAAAAAGUAUACGAAGAGCCUAAACUUACUUUAAGGGAAAAAAAAGAAAGAAAAGAGGUCAAAAGGCCUAUAAAAUUAAAUAACAUUUUUCAAGGCAAAGCGGGCACGAUGGCUAAAACGAUAUUUGUUGAAGGAGAGCCUGGCUCUGGAAAGUCCUCGCUAUGCAAGAAGAUCGUUCAUGAUUGGUGUGAAAUAAAACAGCGACUUGAGGGGCAGUCAACGGAUGAAUGGUGUAAAAUGUUAAGUCAGUUUGAAUUCGUAUUUUACGUUAUUCUCCGAGAGGCAAAGAAUGAAUGCAAUAUAACGAAUAUGAUAUUGAAAUAUAUUAUUGCCAGGAGCAAAUUAGAACAAGAAAGCGAAAAGAUAUUGCUUGAAGACAUUUUGGAAACCAACACCUGUCUACUAUUGCUUGAUGGUCUAGACGAAUGGCAGCAUCCUGAAAAGUGCACUCUGAGUGAGAAAACUCCCCAUGUUGAUACAAGUUGGAAGAAAUGUAUAUUAUGCAUCACAACUAGGCCGUACAAACUGGCACAGCUAAAAAUAGGCUGCUCUAAGAUUGAGAAUCACAUUUUGCUUGAAGGAGUCACGUAUCCUAAAAAACUUGUUGCGAAAAUAGUAUCUAGUUUGAACAACUUUCACGCCAAAGAAAAAUCAAGUGAUCAAUGCAUUGAUGACAUUCGCCAUAAAAAAAUGUGGCAUUUCAGUGAAUGUCCAAUCUUGUUAGCUCACAUCGUUUGGUUAUGGUACAAGGGAAAGCUUUUGGCAGAUAUAAACCUCUCUGUUCUUUACAGAACCAUGCUGGGUGAACGAUGGGAAGAAUUCUAUGUGAGGUGGCCAGCUAUGGGAUAUAAAAUCGAAUUCAAUGACGUCAUACGUGCCCUGAGCAAAAUAGCUUUUGAAAAGUUAUUUGCUGAAGAUGAAAAAAAGACAAUUGUUUUUGAAAUAAAUGAGCAGGAGAAGACGACCUUGAAAAAUCUAGAAGAGGCAUUGCUAAAGUCUGGCAUCAUAUCCUGUAAAAACGUUCAUGGUGAAUAUUCUGGGCUGUAUUACUUCUUUCACAAAUCAGUUCAAGAAUACCUAGCGGCGCUGUUUUUAUCGGAAUGCAUUGGGGAAUGUUGUUUGCAUAUCAAACAAACAUACAAAAACCACAGGAGAGAAAGUGGAAUAAGCUUGUCAAAUGUCUUACUUUUCCUUUGUGGUUUGAAUUCAGAAGCUGCCGAAGAACUGGCAAAAACAAUUAACCAACUGUUCACUAAUUUUUGCGAUUUAUAUGGUUGUUCUGAAUGGGAAUUGGAAAUUUUCCAGGCCAUGAUCAUAAAAGGCCAAAUAGAGCUAGACAUGAGCGAUAACUCCGGCAGUAAACUGUGCUUGCAACACAUCCGUAUAAGUACAAUCAUAGCCGUAAAUGAUAAGGAGGCAACCGUCUUAGAACAACUGAUAAAGACAAAUAAAUCAUCCAUAGUAUCACUGAAUAUAUAUGGGGACACCAACCAUGCAUCCCAUUUUGCAAAUAGUAUCGACAGCAAUGCCCUUGAUUUCGAGAAUUUCACAAGUCUUAAGUACUUACACCUGGAAAAGUUACACUAUAAAGAUGUCAUUGGUUUGAAUCUUAGUAAUUUAAGAGAAUGCGAUAUAGAUUUAUAUAUAAAAUUAGACUGUUGGCAGGAAAGUCCAACACCACAGCACCUCAUAGAUACAUUUUACCACUGUGAUAUUGAUAGUUUUAAACAAAUGAAAUCACUUAAAUUGUCAUAUGUGGAGGGGUUGGCCUUGUUACGUCAAAGUCCAGAACGAAAUGGACAUCUUGAUUUAAGAGGCCUUGAAAACCUAACCGAACUUGUAUUACACAAUCUGGCUUACUCAGACGUGGUGAAUCUACAAGCGUUGGGAUUACACUCGUUACAAUUUGGAUUCAAUGAGAAACAGCGAGCACCACUGCUUAUGGCAACGUUAUUAACACAUGGAACAUUCCAGAAUGAGCGGGAAGGACUUUUCUCUCAUCUGAAGGACUUAUCCCUGAAAAAUAUUCGCAUGUCAGAGGAACAGUUCAGACGACUAUCUCAGUCUUUCAUAAAAGCGGGAGGUACGUCAUUGGAGUUGGUGUUCUGUUCCAUAGAACCGGGGGAUGAUGUACCGCAGCUUCAGAAUGAAUGCGAGCAGCAGGUAGUAUCAUCUGAGUGUACAACACGCAUUUGUCUUCGGUAUGUUACCAUCACAGUAGAGGGGUUUAUUCGACUUAUUGACUACGUGACCAGAUGCGGUCAUUCCGUGGACUGUGACUUGAAAUGGCUAACCCUGCAUUCAAACCCUGCUGCUGAACAACCAGUCUUACCGAUGUUGGGUCCACAGCCUAUCUCAGCUGAUUAUACCACGGAGUUGAAACUAUCUUGGAUUGAGAUGUCAACAGAACAAAUUUGUCAAAUCGUCGGUAGGAUUAAUCAACUCGACCAUUCAGUAACAUUAACAUUGGAGAGGUGUACCGUAAAAUCAGACGAGUACAAUCCGCUGAGGCAUCAGAUGGUGCCUCCUCCAAACACGUCACUAAACUAUACCAAACGUAUUACCAUCGAAAACAUGGACAUAUCGGAAACAUUGUGUUUGUAUGUUGCUUCCAGUGCAAUUUAUUAUGGAUACACGUGUGAGAUAUCACGAUGUGAUAUACUGCCCAGUGAAGUGCCGCAUGCAGACAAUCUUCACUUUCCCCAGAUGGCUGCCAUCCACUCACCUGCUCAUACAGCAAAACUCACUUUUCAUGAAGCAUCAAUACCACAACACGUAGUUGAGCGUCUCGCCUGCCAAGCAAAAAUUUCUCGACAUUUGGUUGAGUGUGUGUUAGAUAAGUGUUAUGUAUGGCCUCCCCCGGAUGUCAGGUCAUUGAAGAAAAAGAUGGAGGAAGACCCUGCCAUUCAGAUCGAGAAAUUCAAGUUUGAACCAAAGUACGAGCACAUCUGGAUAUGGCCCAAAAGUUAUGAAGCAGACCAAACAUGGGACAUCCGUUUUAAAGCAACCGCAAAAAAGUCUGCACUCACUGAGUGUCAGGUCCCGAGCGAAUAUAUCGACGUCGACUCAGUUUACGAUGUUCCAAACCAACGAUUGAAAGUGCUGGUGAACGACAAGACUUCCAAAGGGGUUAUCGAACCUCUCGAAGCAAAUACGAUUUCCAUAUCUCUUGAGGAUACAGAGUGGCCUGAGAAAGUCAAAGCAAAGCUUAAAGACACGGACAACGCUGAAUUUACCUGGUAUGCAAGUUCACUUGACGAAUUUCCGGCGUACCGCAUCACAGCACGCCAUCUUAAUGAUAUCUUAUUGCGUUCAGAUUACAUCUUACAUGAUAAUGAAACGUUAUCGCAGGAACAUACUGAAUGGUUACACAAUAAGUCUAAGAGUAUAACCUUGUUAUCAGCAACGCAUGUAUAUAUAAAUUGCAACCAAAUAAUUGCAGAAUCAUUAAAAACGCAAACCAAACUGAUACAAAAACGAAAUUAUAAACAUAAAAGUCACACACCAUGUGUCAAAUUUCAAGAAUCGAAAACAACUUUUGGCCAAAGCAGUAUCGGAUCUACUAAACAUCAUAUACAUUUAAAUUUCACGGUUGGGAGUAUUUCCUUGUCAAAAACAGUCAGCGAAGGAGAUGCUUGGUCUGCAUGCAACGAUAUCCUUGAACGAUUUGCAUUCGCAGCUGCUCGCGAUACCUUGCAAUUAUACAGUAGUCAAAAGUGGCAAAUGAAUGCAGGUCAUGAACAAUUAGUCCAGGAAAUCGAAGCAUUGUAUGCGCGAAGUAUGAUCCCAAUCGAGGAGAAACUCCGUUUCCAUUUUCGGCGAACGUAUGAUAUUUCGCUAAAGGUUCAAGGAGAUCUUCAAAAUAUUGAAGGCGUUAUGGCUAUACAGAAGACGUUUGCAUGCGUAAAUAUCUGGGUUGAUCCGUCUGAGGAUCAAAACAAUUUAUCGAGCAGGAUAGAAACAUUCCUGAAGGAUAACUCCGCCGAAGUUCCAUACACAGUUAUUCCCUUUGAGGUCAAACCGUAUUCAAGUUACGUAUGCGGAGAAAAGGUCGAGGCUCAAGACAGCCAGGGCUACGGUACUCUUGGUGGGUUCUUUUUAUCUGGUGAUGGUAAAGAUAAGCAUGUUGUGCUUUCAAGACAUGUUGUUGCGCAAUUAGGAACGACAAAUGUUGAAAUACGGAAUAAUACCAUUGCAAAUAUUCCACGGCUUGUUCACGAUCAGCCCGAUAUAGCUCUGGCAAAUGUCGUGGAACCUUUUUUGUCGCAGUGUCUCACGCAGUUUAUAUCGGAGGACGGGCGCUUAGCAAGGGGCCGACUCUGUGUGAUUGAAAAUAGAAAUUUAUGUGGACUGCACGUAUUUAUUUGGGGUGCAUCAUCAAAACCUGGAGUUGGUAAAAUUGAAGAAGUAGAUAUUACUGUGGGAAGAUUCAAUCAUUUUAAAAUAACUGAUACCUCAGGGGGUCCGUUUUGUAAGGAAGGUGACAGUGGGGCCAUUGUUUGUUCUGAUGAAAGGGACGGCUCAGUCAGUCUUAUCGCGGUGGUGAUAGGAAAGAUGAUGCACAGGCAAUCGCAAUAUCUUGCACUUUCAUUAAAAGAGGGGAUGGAAACCUUGUGUGAAAGGUAUGGUGUGUCGUUUGCAAUGAUGAGGUGAAUGAAAACAUUUUGCAAUUAAGACACUACUGCGACUCAAAAGUUUGUUUUGAAGGCCACAUGUUUAUUUUUGAAAACUCUAUUCUCGUUCAUGUUUGAGGUACAGUAUUUAGAGUAGCUAAUGAGAAAGCUUUACGAAGGAUGAUUUGUAUCAGAAUGGUGUUAACUAACAAUAACAAAAUUGAAACUACAGGAACACGCCCAGUCGUCAAUAUUCAAUACAAUCCCUGUUUCGUCCUUCAAAAAUGGCUAGAAUUAAAAAGAUACAUGACUUACGGAAUCAGUCUAUGUAUGGCUUGGAACUAUAACAUCAUAAAAUGUGAUAACAGUGGACAUUGGUUUGCAUCCACAAAGCUCUUGCGCAUCAAACGUUUUUGACAACAUGUUUUCGUUUAAUGCAAAACAUUUCCAGACUUAAUUAAAAAAAUAAUAUAUAAAAAGUUUGAUAUAAUUGAUGCAAAACAACGUUUGAUUUGAGGCAAAAGGAUUCAACAGAAACAACUUUUAUAAUACCUGGUUCUAUGUACAAGUGAUUGUUGACAUUGGAUGCAAUUAGAUAUAAAAUUAUUUGAACAUAAGCAUGAUGUGUUGAUAUUUACAUUUUCUCACAAGGUAGCUUUAGAGAUUUUUGAUGGAAAAGUGUUGUUUUAUAUAAAUAUUAGAUGAUACGUUGAAUUUCACUGAUAAGUAUGACAGUACAUAUGAGAUUUUCAUGUGAAGAUUUUAACGCCAGAGUAGGUGAUAGGCCAGAUUUGUUGCAAAUAUCAAUUUUCGUUUUUGUUAUGAAUAUCUUUUACCAGAUGAUGUACAAGAUGAAUAUUUAUUUUAAAGCAAUUUAUAUCAAAAUGUAAAUUAAGAUAUAUAGUGUUACAUUUUUGUAAGAUGUCUGGUUUGAGAAUUUGGAAUGUAAGGGUAGGAUAAGGCUUAGUAGAAAAUAAUUAUACAUUUGAUAAAUUACUGGGCGGAAGUAUCUUUGAUUUUGUUUAAUGUAAAAGUAAUGUUUCCAACUGUACAUAGCUUCCAGGUAUAAGACCCAACUAUCUUGUCUGAUCACUGCAUUGUUACUUCAAGUAUAAAUUGUUAUAAAAAUACUUCACUUAGAUGGGAUAUUGACAGCCUUUAAUACUUACAUCCGGAAAAUGAUGAUGAGGUUAGUUGUUUACCAUAACAAUACAAAUGGACGUAUGAGAAUAAACUUGAGUAUAUUAAUGCUUUGAAUAAUGAAAGUGUAAAAAAUAGGAUAUACACACUUUUUAUUAAUAACGAAAGAUCCGGAAAAAACGAUGAAAUUCAUGAAAAAACUUAAUAUAUUUUGUAAUUCUGUUGAAAAUAUGUGUUCAUCGCAUGUUCAAAAAGCCGUUUUUAGAAACAUUUAUCACAGUACGGAAAAUUGUGAUGCUGUGUAUUUUGAUGAUGAAUGCAGUUUUUAAAAGCAUUGUUUUUUUGAAAAUUUAAUUGUAUAUAGGAAUUACCCUUGUGAUAUAAAAAGAACAGUCAUAGUAGAAUCUAGAAGCUUGUAUAAAAACAACUCUUAGAAACUGAAUUGUUUGUACGCACAUUGUAAAAUUGCUUGGAAAGUUUGUUCGCAAAUUGUAAAAUUGCUAUGAUCGUCUGUACUUACUUAUUAAAAUUGCUUGGAACCUUUGUACAUAAAAGUAUCUUAUAAUACAUAUCACUCAACUAUAUAUUAAUACUUGUGUAGAAUACCACAUGAUGUACCUUUUAAUAAAAUAAUAGUGUACAUGUACCUUUUAUACCUUAUUUCAGAAUUAUGUAAGUGCACAUUUUGAGAUUCCUUUCGUACAGUAAAGUAUGCAUUUUUGAAUCAAGAAAGAGUGGCAUGUUCAAUUGAUUUUUUUACAAAUAGUGUUUAUUUCUUCUUGGCCAUAUAAUUAUGAUAAUUUCACUUCAUAAAUUGUAUUUAUUAUAUCACAUGAUGUAUAUUUGAAGAUACAAAUAGUGGGAAUGUACUUAUAUAAAUAAUAAUACAACUAUGUAAGUUUAAUUUCAUUGAAAUUGUGUAUUAAACCACAUGAUGUAUCGUUGUAUAAACAAAGAGUGGGCAUGGACUUCAUUAACAUAACCGCAAAAUUUUGUAAGUUGUACUAUAUGAACUUGUAUCUUAUACCAUAUGAUGUAUAUUUGUAUAAACCAAAAGUGAGCAUGUACUUAAUAAACCUAAUCGCAAAAUCCUGUAAGUUUUACUUUAUGAAACUUGUUUAUUAUACCACAUGCUGUAUCUUUGUAUAAACAAAGGGUGGACAUGUACUUCAUUAAAAAAAUCGCAAUUUUAUUUAAGUUUUACUUCAUGUAACUUGUGUAGGAUGCCACACGAUGAAUCUUUGCAUAAACAAUGAAUUGGUAUGCACUUAUAUAAAUUAUAGCACAAUGAUGUAUGUUAGAUGUAAUGAUACCUGUUUAUUAUACCACAUAAUGUAUUUUUGUAUAAACAAAGACUUUGCAUGUACUUAAUAAACCUAAUCGCAAAACUAAGUAAGUUUUAUUUCAUGAAGCUUGUGUAUUAAACCAAUUGAUGUAUCUUUGUAUAAAAAAAGUGGACAGGUAUUUCACUUUAAUAAUCGCACUAUUAUUUGAGUACUUUAGCAACUUGUUGAUAAAACCACAUGAUGUAUCUUUGUGUGAACAAAGAAUGGGCAUGUCGUUAUAUAAAUUUUAGCACAACGAUGUAUGUUAAAUAUAAUGGUACUUGUUUAUUAUACCACAUGAUGUAUCUUUGUAAAACCAAAGAGUGGGCAUGUACUUAUAUAAAUAAUCGCACAAUUAUUUGAGUUGAAAUUCAUUGAAUUUGUUUUAUACAACAUGAUGUAUCUUUGUAUAAACAAAGAGUGGGCAUGUACUUAUAUAAAUAAUCGCACAAUUAUUUGAGUUGAAUUUCAUUGAAUUUGUUUUAUACAACAUGAUGUAUCUUUGUAUAGACAAAGAGUGGGCAUGUUCUUAUAAAAAUAAUCGCUCAAUUAGUUUAGUUUAAUUUCAUUAAACUUGUGUAUUAUACCACAUGAUGUAUCUUUGUAUGAACAAAGAGUGGGCAUGUACUUAUAUAAAUAAUCGCACACUUAUUUGAGUUGAAUUUCUUUGAAUUUGUUUUAUACCACAUGAUGUAUCUUUGUAAAGACAAAGAGUGGGCAUGUUCUUAUAAAAAUAAUCGCUCAAUUAGUUUAGUUUAAUUUUAUUAAACUUGUGUAUUAUACCACAUGAUGUAUCUUUGUAUGAACAAAGAGUGGGCAUGUACUUAUAUAAAUAAUCGCACAAUUAUGUAAGUUUAAUUUCAUUGGACUUGUGUAUUAUACCACAUGAUGUAUCUUUGUAUGAACAAAGAGUGGGCAUGUACUUAUAUAAAUAAUCGCACAAUUAUGUAAGUUUAAUUUCAUUGGACUUGUGUAAUAUACCACAUGAUGUAUCUUUGUGUGAACAAAGAGUGGGCAUGUACUUAUAUAAAUUAUCGCACAAUUAUGUAAGUUUAAUUUCAUUGGACUUGUGUAUUAUACCACAUGAUGUAUCUUUGUAUGAACAAUAAGUGGGCAUGUACUUAUAUAAAUAUUCGCAUGAUUAAUUUAGCAUUACUUUAUGGAACGUGUUUAUUUACUCGUUAUUUAUCUUAGUAGCUCAAAAUUGGGCUUGCCAUAUAUAUAAUACUUAACUUAUAAGCAUGCAACCUUUACUUCAUUUGACUUUACUUGAAUAAAAGGUGUUUAGUUCUAGGCGUAUCAUUGAUAUGAUUUUUAAAAAAAAUAUAAUAAAUGAUAUUUUAUUCCAUAAGUUCCACUGAUGCGUUUGAUUUAUCAAUGACUUUUUGUGAUUUAGAAUUAUAUAACGCGACAUGAUAUCGUUAUAAUUUAGUGAACUGGCAUACAUCUUUAUUAUAUAGUUUAUUCUCAUGAUGCAUGGAAAGGUUCGGUUAUAAAACACAUUAUGUAAAGUUAUUUAAAGUUGGUAAGGGAUAAUAGAAAAACGGUCAGGGGAAGCCAGGUAAUUAUAUUUUCUGUGAUUGUACGAAGCCUGUUUGUUGAGUCUUAUCUCGUUAUCAUUGCUGCAUUGUUCUAACUUCUUUACUAAUCAUGACCUCCUUUACAACCCAUACCGCAUUAUGUUACGUCGCAGUGAUGUUUCUUAACUAUUCAUGAAAUCAUUUCGAACAGCUUAGCAUAUGUAUUGAAUAUGUUGAUGCACAAUUUAUGUGAACCUUAAUAUGUUUCAAACGCCGGUUUCCCGAAAAGAUAUCACUCCUAAAAAGGUAAACCGUUAUAAUGAUUGUGUAGUGUUUCGCGAUAUGCAAUGUAAACUAGUGUGGUUUUACAUCAAAGAUAAAUAGGUUUUGGUAUCCUUUCUCAGUUUAACUAGUUCAAUUUUAUUACACCUAAGUAACAAAAAUAAUCACAUGAAUUAAUUACGCUUUGUUAAUGUGCCUUUGGACAUUUAUUUAUACAAAUGCUAUACACAUGUACGUAUUGCAUUGUCACCCAUAUUGCUUAUACAUAUUGCUAAUAAAUAUUCGCAUAGUUU